AUGGAUGACGCGCCACUACCUUCUCCCCCUCAUAGGACGCCUCUGUACGAAGUGGCAAAACUGCAACCAUAUGCACCCCUUGAUAAUGAAACAGCAUGCCCUGCUCUCAAGGAAGAACAACAAGUCGAAGGGGAUUUUAAUUUUUCCAAUCCCAAUCGUGCAUGGAGAUCUCAACCUCAUUUUCUAUCCCGUUUUCUUCACACACUGGCACCUACACCUCGAUCUGAUAAGGCCUCACCUUUGGGCAGCCGAGUGGUGUCAGGUGAUUUUGGAUGGACAAAUUUUGAGAUAGAGCACAUCCCAAUGCCUAAUGGUUAUCAUGAAUGGGCUGCCAGGGUUUUAACUAAUCAUUCAUCUCAUCUCAAGGGAAGCGAACCGGGCAAGGAUUAUAUUUAUGGGGCAAUCUUCUGUUCCUUAGGAAAAUACCCUAUGUCCCCCUCCGUGGUAAGAGCCCUACUGGAGAGGUGGGAUUCGAUUGCGAACACCUUCGUAUUUCCUUGCGGAGAGUGUACAAUCACCCUCUUAGAUAUGAAGAACAUGGACGGUUUACCACUGGAUGGGGAACCUUAUGACGAAUUCAUUCCAUCUCGUGCUCACAUGGAGCCAGCUAUGCUGUUGUAUCAAAAGACUUUACUGCCUCUCUACAGGGCAUGGCGCAAACUUGAGGACAAAGGAAAAGUUACUUUCCAAAAGUGGUGCGAUUACUUUCAUUGCACCCCAGGAAACCUUUCGGGUUUUGAUAGCAGUGAGUUCUCCAAUGUCUAUACCGCUGCAUUCCUAACACUCUGGAUAUGCUGCUUCGAGAUUAUUGGAGGGGGGCCAUAUAUUCGACCAGGUGUACUAGUGACAGCCUCAUGGAUGACUCUGGGCUCCCAAUUUGCUUUGGCACAACCCGCUUUGUGUUCUUUGUAUUACUCUUUAAGGCUUAUUUGCACCAAGCCUAUUAAUCCUGCAUCUUUGAGGAGGCUUUGGCCUGUCCACUAUCUGAUUGGCUGGAUAGGGGACUACAUACCGGCGGUAUUUGGUAACAAAAUGAAGCAUAUCAAUAUCCCUGUUUGCCCAUAUCCUUCAGUGAGGCCAACUAUGGUGGAUACUAUGUCCAGGAAGCCAACUCUUUUCAAUCCCAAGAGUGCUCAUAAGCUUCUGUGUAGAGAUAAGAACAUUUUGUGGAAUCCCUACGAGCCUCUUGACGAGGACCCAAAAGCUCAACCAAACUCACUUCGAACCAACAUAAUAUUUGAUUUAUCACUUCGUCGUGAUAAUGGGGAUCCACCAUCCAAGAGAAGGCUUGAUUUUACUGAUAUGGAUGAGGGUUGUGGCCCAGCCAUUGCACUUGCCCCCAACGUCACUCUCGAUGACGAAGAUCCCAAUCAGUCUAACCAUUCUCUCACUAGUACGGAGCAUCUGGAAGAUGAAGAUUAUACAGUCAUUACAGAUUUCGGUAUAGUGGAUAAGAAAGGCAAUUUACAACCUCUUCCUUCUAUUGAAAGCUACAUUACUACCACGGGGUCAGGUGGGGAUUUUUCAAUGUCCCCGUAUAAUAUGACUCGUGUUGUUCUUCCUGACAUUGACUCAACUGAAAUUUCAGCUUUUAUCAAUGAUUGUGGACAGCAGCUUGACCAUCCAUCCUCCGGCCAAGCGUUAUCUGAGGAUACACAAAGCAUGGACACGACUGAGAUCGAGAAGAUUUUCUUGGCAACAGCAUAUCAGGUGUCACUAAAGGUUCUCAACGGGCUGGAUGUUACUACAUUGAAAGAGCCGGAGCGAUGUGCCGCCCUGCAACUUACUUCAUCUAGUCUCCCUGGGAAUUUCACUAGCAUUUCCAAGAUCAAAGCUAUGCUGGACAAACUGGUUGCUAUUUCCCAACAAUUGCAGCUUGCCCACUCUGAAUUUGAAGCAAGCUCUGGGCGAGUCGACCAAGCUGUUGGCGAGGUUAAACAAGAGCUUUCAGUUAAGAAAAAUGCUCUCCAAGCUACCGCCCAGGAAAUGGUUUCAGUUGAAGAGAGGAAAGCUGAGCUUUUAGCAGAGGUUGCCAAGUUUAACCUUGCCUUGAAGGAACUGGAGGAGAAGGAGAAAAAGCUAUUGAAACUCAGUCUGCCCAGGAAUUAG